AUGUCGUCCAUGGAUAACGUCGUCGCGGUGUAUCCUACGAGUUCCGCUCUGAAGCUGCAGGGCAACUGGACAGACCUCACCAUCCAGGGCAAGUCAGGCUCGUCUUCCACUAUAGCAGUCGGUGUGGCCGGGGCGUACGGGUCUUUGUCGUUCACGGGUAACCAGAUCGCCGUCUACGGCCUGCUCGAGGCCGGGCAGCCCGUGGAGUCGACGUACUCGAUCGACGGCGCGUCGCCAAACACGUACGUCGGGCCGUCGAACGUGACGGAGACGCAGUCCGAGGUCGAGUUCUUCAUCUCGCCGAUGCUCAGCGCAGGCCAGCAUCAGCUCGUGUUCAACGUCACGAACGCCACGGCCGAUAACCUAUUUGUUCUCGAGUUCGUCCUUUACCAGGGGACGGGGUCCACGACGUCGGGCGUCGCCGGUGAGUCGGCGACCGCGACGUCCCUUGCGACGGAUGUGGGCGCGGCGAGCACGCCGUCGGCUGUCGGUGCGUCGAGUGGGAGCAGCACGAAUGUGGGAGCGAUCGUGGGCGGUGUUGUGGGAGGGGUGGCGGGCCUGGCGAUCAUUGGCAUCCUCGGUUUCUUCUGGUUGAGGGGACGCAAUAAGAGGCCGUACUUCUAUGCUGAGGCAGGAGAGCUGCUGCGUGACGAAGUGAAGCCGACACCCUUCACCCAGGGCAGCGGUAUUGAGCCCGACGUGUCCUACAAGAGGACGCCAGAAAUGUCCAGCUACCGUGGACCACCACCCACGCAGUACACAGCCGUGAACGCACAAAACCAGCCUGCACAAGCAAGCGAGGCGGGCGACAGCAGCGCCUACUCGUCUGCUGCAGGUAGCUCUAGGCCGACACUCACCGUUAUUGGUGGUCCCGCGGUCACGUCCUCGCCCAACCAGACGCGCAGCAAGGCAGCGGAGGCGGGAUUACUUUCUGUGGCACAACCACAGCACGCGAUGUACCACGCCGAUUCGGGGAUGCGAUUCGACGCCUCAGGACAGCCCCAGGCCUCCGGGUCAGGCGGCGCGCACGAAGCGCGCACGCCUACAGACGUCCCCCCGUCGUACUCGGAAAGUUGA